AUGGAAACAAUGGAUACUAAUUUAGAUUUACCAGGAAGAUGGAUGGAUAUAGAAAAGAUUAUUAAAAGAUCAGGUCCAUUUGCAUCACCAGAUUUCCAACCAGACACAAAAGAAACACCAAGAAUUAUGAAUAAUUUACAAAAUGAUUUCAAAGUUUUAGUUAUUGGCGCUGGUGGUUUAGGUUGUGAAAUUUUAAAGAAUCUUGCCCUUUCCGGCUUUAGAAAUAUUGAUGUAAUUGAUAUGGAUACCAUUGAUGUUUCAAAUCUUAAUAGACAAUUCCUUUUCAGAAGAAAAGAUGUUGGUAAAUCAAAAGCUGAAGUUGCUGCAGCUUUUAUUAAUAAUAGAAUUACUGGCUGUAAUGUAACCCCAUAUAAAUGUAGAAUUCAAGAUAAAGAAGAAGAUUAUUAUAGACAAUUUAAAAUAGUAAUUGCAGGUUUAGAUUCAAUUGAAGCUCGUAGAUGGAUUAAUGGUUUAUUAGUAAACUUGGUUGUUGUUGAUGAAAAUGGUGAUAUUGACCCAGAAACUGUUAUCCCAUUAGUUGACGGUGGCACAGAAGGUUUUAAAGGUCAAGCAAGAGUUAUUCUCCCAAGAAUUUCAUCAUGUUUUGAAUGUUCAUUAGAAGCUUUUCCACCACAAGUUUCCUAUGCAAUUUGCACUAUUGCCAAUACUCCACGUGUACCAGAACAUUGUAUUCAAUGGGCUUUAUUAUUUGGUCUUCAAGAUGCCACUCUUGAAAAACCAUUCGACCCAAAGAAAUUUGAUAACGAUAAUCCAGAUCAUAUGAAUUGGUUAUUUGAAUGUGCCAAAAAAAGAGCUGAAAAUUUUAAUAUUCAAGGUGUUACAUAUAAAUUAACCCAAGGUGUUGCUAAAAAUAUUAUUCCAGCUAUUGCAUCAACCAAUGCUAUUAUUGCUGCCGCUUGUUGCAAUGAAGCAUUUAAAUUCUGCACAGAUAGCAGUGGUUAUUUAAACAAUUAUAUGAUGUACAAUGGUUUAAACGGUGUUUACACAUUUACAUUCGAAUAUGAAAUGAAAGAAGGUUGUGCUGUUUGUGGUACAAAUAUUGUUACUGUUGAAUUUAACAAAACUGCAAAUCUUCAAGAGUUCUUAGAAAAGAUUACAACCGAUUCACGUUUCCAAUUCAAAAAACCAUCACUCAGAGCCAAUGGUAAAAAUAUUUUCAUGCAAGGUAUUCUUCAUGCAUCAACUGUUCCCAAUCUCGAAAAAAAUUUACCACAAUUAGGAAUUGAAGAAGGUGAUGAAAUCACUGUUACUGACCCAGCCCUUCCAGGCAUUGGUGUAAGAAUGAAGGUUAAAUAUUGUUAA